GAAUAGGGUGUAUAGGUAGUGCACUAUAUAGGGAAUAGGGUGUAUAGGUAGUGUACUCUAUAUGGAAUAGGGUGUAUAGGUAGUGCACUAUAUAGGGUGUAUAGGUAGUGCACUAUAUAUGGAAUAAGGUGUAUAGGUAGUGUACUCUAUAUGGAAUAGGGUGUAUAGGUAGUGCACUAUAUAGGGUGUAUAGGUAGUGCAGAGCAGCGAGGGAGGAGGCUGACUGUAUGUUGGACAGGUUAAUUGCUACUGUGCUGUGUUAUUGAUGUGUGAAUCCUGGGGCUCCUCUCAAAAUGAUACAACUAAAUAAUAUACCACUGCUUUUCUAUUUAUGAAAUCACAACCAGCUUUAUCUCUGUCAGGACAUUAUCGCUCCUUCCUCUGUCAGGACAUUAUCCCUCCAUCCUUCUGUCAGGACAUUAUCCCUCCAUCCUCUGUCAGGACAUUAUCCCUCCAUCCUUCUGUCAGGACAUUAUCCCUCCAUCCUCUGUCAGGACAUUAUCCCUCCAUCCUUCUGUCAGGACAUUAUCCCUCCAUCCUCUGUCAGGACAUUAUCCCUCCAUCCUCUGUCAGGACAUUAUCCCUCCAUCCUCAAUCAGGACAUUAUCCCUCCAUCCUCUGUCAGGACAUUAUCCCUCCUUCCUCUGUCAGGACAUUAUCCCUCCAUCCUUCUGUCAGGACAUUAUCCCUCCAUCCUUCUGUCAGGACAUUAUCCCUCCAUCCUUCUGUCAGGACAUUAUCCCUCCUUCCUCUGUCAGGACAUUAUCCCUCCAUCAUUCUGUCAGGACAUUAUCCCCCCAUCAUUCUGUCAGGACAUUAUCCCUCCAUCCUCUGUCAGGACAUUAUCCCUCCAUCAUUCUGUCAGGACAUUAUCCCCCCAUCCUCUGUCAGGACAUUAUCCCCCUAUCAUUCUGUCAGGACAUUAUCCCUCUAUCAUUCUGUCAGGACAUUAUCCCUCUAUCCUUCUGUCGGGACAUUAUCCCUCUAUCCUUCUGUCGGGACAUUAUCCAUCCAUCCUCUGUCAGGACAUUAUCCCUCCUUCCUCUGUCAGGAAAUUAUCCCUCUAUCCUUCUGUCAGGACAUCAUCCCCCUGACCUUCUGUCAUGGCAUUAUCCCUCUAACCUUCUGCCAGGACAUUAUCACUCUAAACUUCUGUCAGGACAUUAUCCCUCUAAACUUCUGUCGGGACAUUAUCCCUCUAACCUUCUGUCAGGACAUUAUCCCUCUAACCUUCUGUCAGGACAUUAUCCCUCUAACCUUCUGUCAGGACAUUAUCCCUCUAACCUUCUGUCAGAACAUUAUCCCCCUGACCUUCUGUCAGGUCAUUAUCCCUCCAACCUUCUGUCAGGACAUUAUCCCUCUAACCUUCUGUCAGGACAUUAUCCCCUGACCUUCUGUCAGGACAUUAUCCCUCCAACCUUCUGUCAGGACAUUAUCCCUCCAACCUUCUGUCAGGACAUCUAUUCCUUUAUUCUGUCUUUGUUGAAAACAUUUCCCUGUUAGUCUCCACCUGUUGUUUACCAAGCAGGUGACCAAUAGGAUGUGAUUUCUCCACGUGGGAGACGUGUAGCACAAGGCACAGCUGAUGUACCUUUUCCUGUGUGUGGGGAAAUUACACAGUUCUCCAGUUUUGUGAUUUGCACAAGAUCAUGACUAGGAUGUUGAUCCCAAUGGGCGUUAAUAAUGACAUGUUAUUGUAGCUGCGUUCUGUUUUGAACGUUGUGUAUUUAUCAGUGUUAGUUUGUCCGUUGGUCUGUAAUGAAAACACUCAAUCUACGUCUAAAUGACACGGCCCUGGCCAAAGGUCGUGUGUGUGUGUGUGUGUGUGUGUGUGUGUGUGUGUGUGUGUGUGUGUGUGUGUGUGUGUGUGUGUGUGUGUGUGUGUGUGUGUGUGUGUGUGUGUGUGUGUGUGUGUGUGUGUGUGUGUGUGUGUGAGAUCAUUGUUUGCAUGGGUCCAAAGUGUGUGCACUGAACUUGGUCAAGUUCUGGGCUUUUGGCGGGUGAAAUAAAUGUAGUGGUCUUUAAGUUUGGACUGCUUAUUUGUAAUCAGAAGGUUUGGUAUCAUGUCCUGUCAUAUUUAAUAGAUUGGUUUGGUAUCAUGUCCUGUCAUAUUUAAUAGAUUGGUUUGGUAUCAUGUCCUGUCAUAUUUAAUAGAUUGGUUUGGUAUCAUGUCCUGUCAUAUUUAAUAGAUUGGUUUGGUAUCAUGUCCUGUCAUAUUUAAUAGAUUGGUUUGGUAUCAUGUCCUGUCAUAUUUAAUAGAUUGGUUUGGUAUCAUGUCCUGUCAUAUUUAAUAGAUUGGUUUGGUAUC